AUGUUUAGUAUAAUCACUGAAAAUGCCAAAAGCGAUACAACUGAACCAAUAUCUAUUGAUUUGCCAAUCGAUGGCCAAACAGAUAGUAUCGAUAUCGUGGACGGGAAGGUGAAGUUAAUAUGCGGUGUGAUGUGGACACUGGUAUUGCAUUACUCCAUAUCGAUGCCGAUGUGGGAGGGAGAGGACGAGUCCAUGUACAAGGAGAAGGGCGGCCCAACACCCAAACAACGGCUCUUGAAGUGGAUCCAGAACAAGGCCGGACCAGACGUGCCGAUUAACAACUUCUCCACCGACUGGAACGACGGCCGAGCGAUCGGCGCUUUAGUGGACGCGUGCGCUCCCGGACUCUGUCCCGAUUGGGAGCGAUGGAAACCGGAGGACCGCCUCAAGAACGCCACCGAAGCCAUGAAAAUCGCUGAACAGUUUUUAUCAGUGGCACAACUGGUGGCGCCCGAAGAGAUGACCAAUCCUAAGGUGGACGAGCUGUCAAUGAUGACAUAUUUGGCACAAUUUCCCAAAGCCAAACUCAAGGACAACGCGCCCACUCGGCCCCGACAUAACCCGAAACGUGUCCGCUGUUACGGACCGGGAGUUCAGCCGACGGGCGUCAAUAUGGGCGCUAAGACUAGUUUCACUGUCGACACGUUCAGCGCCGGUCAGGGAGACGUCCAGGUGUUUCUUCAGGACCCGUCGGGCAAACAGACACCCGUUGAGGUCAAGGCCAACGACGAUCCCGGGAAGACCUACACCUGUUCUUAUACGGCCAAACUGGAGGGCCCUCACAAAGUUAUUGUCAAGUUUUCGGGCGUUGAAGUGCCGAAGUCUCCCUUCGAUGUGGAGGUGAAGGGUGUGGCUGGAGAUGCAUCUAAAGUGAAGUGCGACGGCCCCGGCAUUAGGCCCACGGGUCUUAAAGUGGGCACUCCUACCACUUUUGACAUCGACACUAAAGAGGCCGGUGUGGGUCAAGUGGACGUUCAGGUGAUUGACCCGAAGGGAAAGUCCAGUUCUGUGCCCAUACGUGUGCGACAGAACGAUGAGGACCCGACCAAAUUCAAGUGCGAAUACGCGCCUCAAUUGGAGGGCCCGCACAAA